AUGUGGAGAAUUUUCCGGAGAUAUGAAAAGGUUUGGGAGAUUUACAUCCCAGCUACGAGAACCAAGGAGGGCUUGAGGUUUGGCUUCGUUCACUUCAAGGAUAUCAAGGAUGUUAAGUACUUGGAGCUGAGACUGAACCAAAUUGUGAUUGGGAUAGAGAAGGUGCAUGUAAAUUUGGCCAGGUAUUCCAAGGAAAACAACAUGAAGGUGGUAAAAGCAUAUCAUAGACCCGAGACGGAACAAAAAAGAGAGACCAAGGAGCAAGGACCUAAACAACAUUACAACACAGGAAGAACAUAUAACCACUCAUAUGCUCAAACGGUGAAAACGGGGGCACAAGGGAGAAAGAGGAUCGCUGGAAAAGUGGAUGGUGAAAGAGGGGGAAAGUGGAGUCGAAUCUGA